ACAAGUCAUGCAUGCAGUCACAGAAAAUACAGUUUUGGUCAACAUUGUGGCUGAUGGGCAGGGAGAAAUGACAAUGUUAAUUGAAUGAAAGCACACGCGUGGAAUUAUCAAAGGAAAGUUAAUUUACAACGGCCUAUAGUGCAGUUAAUCUGGAUUAUCCUCACCACUCACUUUCUUAAUGCUUGUCAAAGGACUCUUAGUAUUUACUGGUUCCUUUAAAUUUCGGAACGAUAAUGUUAUGGAAAUUACCACGCUUAUAGUUCACUUCUUGAUGCAAAUGAGGGAGCAAACAGGAAUGUAUUAGCCAAAUUUUUCUACAUCAGGAUUAGUGGAUGUUGGAUCGACAAAGCAUCACCAUGUUGGUGUACAGAAAAACAUUGUUUUAUCUUCAAAGACAUUAAAUAUGAAGAACCGGAGGCUCCUAUUGAAUUUGGUGGUCAGUAUGAUACGAGACCGAGCCUGGGUGUGAACAUCUCCCCAAAACUUGUGCCAGACGUGGAUUUUAACUUGUCAGGAAUUACCACUAUGGACUUAAGCGUAGAAGAGCUCUGUGAAAAGGGAGAUAACCAGAACACGGAGAAAGGUGAGGGCGACUCCACACAUCAUGUUGUGGGUAUGGACACAUCUGAUUCCAAACCGCCAGAGGAAAUAAAGUCCUUUCUAAGGUCAGUGCCCUUGGACGAGGCUUCUAUGGACAGUGCAAAAAUGACCGAUAGCAUCAUGAGUGUGUCCACUACAAGUAGCGUACAGGGGUCAACUAGCUCCGGCAAAAAGAGUCCAAACACUGAAAAGUCAGGCCAGCAGUUUAUUUCCUAUGGACGAACAUACGUGAUUGUUAACGGAAAGAUGGUUGUCGAUGCUGCAAAGAAAGAUAAGGAACGAGAGAGGGAAGAUCGAAUAAAGGCACAGAGGGAAAAAUUGGCCGAGGAACGACAGAAGAAAAUAGAAGAGAUGAGAGAACAGCAACGUCUGGCUCAAGAAAAGCGAGAACGACAACUUGAUUUACGUCGCCUCAAAAUUGAUGAGCUACGACGUCGUGAUGAGGAAAGACGAAUGGCAGUAGAGGACAGACGAAGGAAAAGGGAUGAAACGGAGCAGGCCAGGAAGGAGUCCAUUAUCCAAAAGUCGCAGGAACGCAUCACCCGGUACGAGCAGUGGAAGGCGAGUGGUAGAAAAGGUGGGCGAGUCUUGGUGUACGGGUUUGGCAGCCGUACACCUAGAGAAGUGUGUCAGCCAGUAGAUCGCCGACGCUCAUCGUCUCAUAGUGCGCUUAUACGUCGCUCUCCUAACGGGUCUGACUCGGACUCGUGGCGACCCCAGCGUCGGGCCGUGUCCGCCUGCAGCACGGUCAGGCGGCACUGCUGUAUUGAUAUUAAUCGCCUCACUGGCUACCCGGGAUCUAGUCCUCCUUCCAAACUCCUGUCCGUGUCAACAGGUGCCCUAUAUCACUCGUCUAAGUGUGAUUUCUCCUCGAGUGGAAAUCUCAGUGUUCGGGGUAGACCUGCUGAGUCUCUCCUUGUGUUAAACUCAAUCCCAGAGGCAGGUCCCACGAAGAAACGUCGCUCUUUUCUAGCACCGAGUGGCACUCCCCCUACCCGUCCUAAGAGCACCAUGAACCUGAGCACUAGGGAAAACAUUCGACUGAGGGACCCCAAGACAACCCCAAGGAAACCCCGCCCAGCCAGUAUAGCAGGAUCUGUACCAAGCUUCAUCUCCAUGGAAACUCCCAAGGGAACCUCACGAAGCAAGAGCACGGACAGACUAGCCAGAGAUCGACAGAAGACACCGUCGAGAUCAACUCCAAAACGAGAGAAAGAUGAACAAAAUCUACAGGAGAAAAAGGAAAAGAGAGGAAGCAGUGUAGAUAUACGAAAACUCACAGAAAAAAGGAAAGCUGAGCUUCAGAAACUGGCAGAAAAGAAGAAAGAAGUAAAGGAGGAUCAAUCUGAAGGAAGUGACCACGAAAAAACACCAGAUAGGUCAACAGCACGGGUCAGUCAACAGUCUAUUGACCGCCUGUCCACUCCUAGGAUUGCCAAGUACAAGAAUGAGACACCAGCCAAGACAGAAACAGUCAAGGACCGGGCGACGCCCUCUAGAGAACGGGCUUCCACACCCACCUACACCAAGGGAACAAAGAAAUCGGUUACAAUUGUAGCUCCCCAUUCUUCUCCUAGUAAGACAAAAACACCUAAACAAAAGGACAAAGAAAACAAAGAGCCUCUAAAAAGGAAGCCCACAAGUAAGGAAAGCAGUAAUGAGGCCCUCGACAGCCCCAGAGCUUCCCCAAAACCUGCUGUGGGUGUCAAGGCUGAGAGCCCUGCCCAGCCAGAAAGUGGGGCUUCAGUGGAAGAAGUGUCUGCCAAGGUUACAACGCCCCGGUCUGUAUCCCCCGCCUCAUCCAAGUCCGAGGACGAGGAGAAGGCUGUCCCAGUACCAAAGAAGACUCCUGAAAAGGUUGUGAAGAUCGUAGAGCCGAAUGAAGAGGCAACCCAAGCUACCCCGGCCACCCCAGCACAGGGUAAACCAAGUGUAGCUUCCACCCCAGCUACACCUGCUGCCACUCCAAAGUCAAAGAAGGAGAUAGAAAUGGACGAAUACAAGGCCAAGCUGGCUGAGAAACGCAGACAAGCAAGGGAGAAGGCAGAGAGGGAGGCAGAGUUAGAGAGACAGAGGUUGGAGGAAAUCAGACUGGCAGAGGAGGAAACCCUGCGUCAGGAGGAGGAGGAACAGCGUCAGAUGGAGGAAGAAGCCGGCAAACUUGCUCAGGAAGCAAGGAAGAAUGAGGAAGAGAGGCUGAGGAGAGCUAUCGAGGCUGAGGAUCUCCGAAAGAAGGAGGAGGCAGAACGUCUUGAACAGGAAAGGCAACAGAAAGAAGAAGCUGACAGGAAAGCUAAAGAGGACGCAGAAAGAAUUGAGAAAGAAAAGCAAGAAAAGGCUAAAAAGGAUGAGGAGGAAAGACUAGAAAGGAAGAAGAGACUGGAGAUGAUCAUGAAGAGAGUGAAGCCAGACUCUCCGAUGACCGGGUCCAUGACCUCCUCCAUGAUUGGUACCAGCAGCUCAAUGUCUGGAUCACAGAUCGGUUCCAUGACAGGAUCUAUGUCUAGCUCCAUGAUCCUGAUUGGCUCAGACAAGGGAGAUUCCCCAUAUCAGUCCCUGUCGAACUCCCCAAGCAAGAACAGUCUACAGUCCAACGAGGGCGGAGAGGACAGUGCUGACGAGGCUAAUGGGCUAGAUGAUAAGUUGGACGACAAGACCAAGACGCUACAACCUGCCACAGACACGCCAAAAUUCAAGUCACCUCUCUUACAGAAACUUGUGGAAAAUAAAUCUCAAAAUGGGGCAAAUGAGACUCACAAAUUCAAGUCACCUCUGCUGCAGAAUUUGAUGGGCAAAAAGAGGUUGGGCAUGGAUAAGGCGGAUGAAAAAACUAAUGGUGUAACAACCAAUGGGAACAAGCAAGGGGAGCCAGGGGAACAAGCACAGGAGAGUGUUAGUGAGCAGGUGUCUGAGGGAGAGAAGGGACAAGUAGACUCUCUGGUGAUAGCAGACAAUGAAAGUGAUAGAAGUGAGUCGAGAAAUUCCAAGUCAGACGGAAGUGUAGAUAGUGACACAAGUACUGCCAAGGAUGUAUCAAUAGCAGAACAAAAGUUAGGUUCAAACACUGUGAUAAUUAAAACUGAAGUGUCUUCGUCGUCACUGAACGGUGUAUCUCAGAACGGGGAGAUGGAGCAGUACCCACAGGAACUAGUAGACUCUAGUAUUAGUAUGAGAACUGCUGACUCGUCCCUGGGAACAUCCUCAGACCAGUCACUAGGAGAGAGCCUGGUGGAUUCUCAGACUAUAUCUGUGGAACAGGGUUCCACGACCACAGACAGUGGAUCCACAGAGCCCAACAGUGAAUUUGAAGAUUUUAUAGAUCUAAGUGUUACCAAUAAAAACUUUGAAGUGAAGGCCCAGCAGUCGCUGUUCGCCCACCAGACGACGGAUGACUUGCUGAACCUCAACACGAACAGUAUUGACAAUAACCUGGACAACAUCAGCUCCGACUCCCAUCCUAAGCCUAUAAUUGCCUUUGAAGACAAUGCAGCCCGGCGACAGGAAGUCACAGACUUCUUGUCUUGAGGUCUCCUACAACAGUGUAGUGACCAAUGGUGUCUCCAAAGACACACACGAUUCCUCACACCAACCUGAUGCUGCAUCUUCAUCGCCAGAUGGCGACAGCAGCAACAAUGAACAAGUUGGUGGGCUGGUGGCGCCACCUAGCCCCGUUAAACCACCGGGCCUAGAUGACAGUGAUCAGAUCAUUGUGACAGUGCACCCAGCUAAAACCAACGGUGUGGAAUCUGAUAACUCUAUACAUCUGGACAGCAGUCCUGAAGCUCAGUCACAGUUGGAUCAAAUGUGGCAGCAGCUUGAGGCGGCCAUGGUUCAAAGCCAGGACCGUGUCCGUGGACAGCUCCAAGAAUUCGGAAUCGGGGACGGGGAAGAGGAUUCCGAGUCAGAAGAGGGUCAAAUGUGGAGAAUGGUUCAGGGAGAUUCUCCCUAUACUAUACAGCUAGUGUGAUCCUAAGGUCCCAACACCCUCUUUGACAUGGAAUAUUCACUUCUCAAAUGGCUUCGAAAAAUAUGGAUUCCUUUACACCAUUUGGAACACAUAAUAAGUGGGACUGCAGCUAGUGAGCCGGAAAUGUCUACUGGUUACAAAGUCCCAGAGUCCCUAAGGGUCUGACUUCUACAAAUCACAUCCAGGUCAACCAGCAGUUCAAAUUCAGAGCCUUUAAUUCUUUCGUGAUUGGCCAAGUUAAAAGAAUAUGAAUAGGUAAUACAAAGGGUAGAAUGUUUGUUACCAGAUUAAGUAUAAUAGUGUUGUGUAAACCUUGAAUUGCAAAACAGUCGAUCACUUUAUAUAUUUAUUUAUUCCUAAAAUCAAAGUAUUCCAAAUAUUUGCAAUUUUUAAUGCAUCCAAGUGUUAUUUAUUUCUGAUUUAACUGUUAUAAACAUCUACUGUCAGCUGGUCUGAUAAAAUGUCAACUACUAAAUUAACCAUAUCACUAUUCAGAAUUUGGUCGUGAAUGAUAUUGCAUUUCCACAUGUGAAUCAAUCAACAAUGUUAUACAUACCAUAUGCUUGCCACACUUUCUCUUUGGUACAUAAGAUGAUGGAAAAUAGAUUUUAAAUUGCAACUCAAGGGGCACAACUCGUUAAAUAAGGCAUCUAUCUAAGUGUUGAUCUACAGUAGUAACUAGUGUUAUUGGUGGGAAAUAUCCUGGAAUUUUGAUGCGACUGAAUUGAUCAUGAUCUAUGCCUAAAACUUGAUGAUAAAAGUAUAUAUCUGUACAGGUAUUCUAAUUCAAGAUUUCUUCUAAAGAGUCAAUGAAGUUUGAAAAAAAAAAUGUAAAGGUCUCAUGGAAAAAGAAUUUCAAUCCAUUUAAAAUAACAAAGUUCAGUUGAAGAUAUUUUACAUCGAUAUUUCAUUGGAUAUGUCAAUCAAAAGUUCAGGAUAUUACAGUUAAAAGAAGACUUCCUUGCUCUCUGUAAGGAUAGGUUAGUGAUGCCAGAACACCCUAUCUCUUUCCUCUGGUGUUUGCCUUGGUUUAUAUGUUUACAAGGGAAGCAUCAACCGGGGAUGAAGAGAAUCCCCCGUCAACAUGCAAGGGGGAUAACCCAUCAUUGGGGAAUAUAUAACCCUUUUGUGUCAGUUGGAAUGGUUUAAUUUAUACUUCAACUCUGGGAGGAGAGAGAGAGUUGGGGAUGAACUUCGUUUCUUAGUUUAAAGCUCUGAAUUUGUAAGAAAAAUAUUCGAACGAAGCAAUGCUGGUGAUAUAAAUAAAUAACAUCAUAUCAAACUUCGCAUAGGUUAGACAAUUUAUUAUGAUUGGUUCAUGGAUAUAAUUUCUUUACAAAAAAAUAUAAUCGUACAAUGAUAUAUUUCAAUAUUGAUCAUAAUGAGAUUAAAUCUGGAAACUGUUCAGUAGAAGUGCUACAAGGUGUUCACACCGUAACGGCUGCCACAUUAGAUCUGCUGUGAAAUACAAGUAUAAACCGAUUGUGAUAAACGUUAACGCUUUAGUGAAUUUAAUUGUUAAAAGCCUGUCCAGCAAUAGUUGUAGUAAUGUGUUUAAAUGCUCUGAAUGUGCAAGUGUAAAUGUGAUGAUAUGUAAAAUGCGUUUAGAACAAAUUAGAAUAUGUAUCUUGCAUCAUAUGCAUAUGUUAAGAUAAGUUACUAUUAUUACUAAAAAUGUAUUUAUAUUAAUUAUGUGUAUACUGCAUUUAUGAAUUAGAUGAUUAACUUGAAACAGUUAGCGCCUGAGUUUGUAUAUUGGAGCUGCAGUGAAACUAGCCCACAUAUUAUACAUUGUGUCAUUAUUGUUGGACGUGUAAAGUCAUUUUUCAGGCAUUAACAUUACUUGGUCGAUCUUUCAUCUAGUCCAACUCUUUGCCCAAUCUUAUGUGCCAGUGACACUGCGUGGUUGCUAGUAUUUUAAGUUCAGAAUCCGUAAAAUUUUGGAGGCUUCUGUGUUCUCUAUUAAUAUUAAAAUAAUAUUUUUUACAAUGCCAGUGCUUGUUUUUUUCCAAUGAAACAUAAGUGUUCUACAAGUAAAAUCUUUUUUUUAUAUUUGUUUAUACAUGUGGGUACCAGUGUUGUGAAAUUAAAGGAAAAAAAAGGAAAGUCUUUUACACUUUUGCACUGCAUAUUUUAUGUUGUUAUCAAAUUGAUGUUAUUCAAACGAAUGCAAUUUAUUUUCUUCAAUUUUGCACAUGCCAAUUAUUGAUAUAGGCGAAUUGUCAAGGUUUAGAAGACAGAAUAGAAAUAGGAUUGUGCACAGAGGCAGUGUUGUGCACUGGAAACGUGAUAAAUGAUAUGUAAAUAGCUUUGUGAAAUAAAGCUACACAUGUGAUAUGCUAAGUUAAAUCUUCAUUCCAUUGUCAACGCUUUGCCUGUCCACUUUAAUAUCCAAACAAAUAUAAAAAACCCAAAAAUAUAUGCUAAAUAUGAAAUGUCUUGCAUGUUUUCUCAAGUUAAAGCAAGAUUUUAAGAAUUUGUAAAUAAAUUGAGGUAUAAAUUGAUUGUAGUCUGUUUUUCUCAAACAAAUUGAUAACAUUUUCAUUACCUCAAAGAUUUAGUGUGUGAAAUGAUAAAAAAAACAUUUGUGUAUAUUCCAUGUCCUCAAAGCAUUCAUUUUGAGAGACUUAAUUUAACUAGAUUAUUAUGACCUAACUUAAUGUCUAAUCACCUCAUUUUACACAAGAUUCAAGUUAUUCUCACUCUCCCAUACUUCACAUCAUCUAUUGUGCAAAUCUGUCAAAUAAAAAGAUCAAAGAAAAUGAUUGAUGAUAAAUAACAUGCAUCAAAAUUGAAUAUGUAAACAUUUGUUUUAAAAUUCUCACCAUUAUUUAUUACAUCUUUGUGAAUGAUCUGAUAAAAGAGAUGACUUGUUCUAAGUGACGUGUUAGGAUUGAGAAGGUGAUUAAAUAGAUUACGUAUGUAUUUUUAACAAUUUCCCGAGUUGAAGAACACCGUCUUUCAUGGAACGUAAUAUUUUGUUGUGACCUAAGCUAUAACUAUGAUGCUGGUGCUUUAUUUCUAUAGAGUUGUCUACCUUUCUUACUCUUUGAAAUAAAAUGAUCAUCAUUAAAUUAUUGUCUUACUGAAAAUUUAGAUAAUUCUUGUAUUGGAAACCAACAUUUUGGGCAUGAUUAUUUAAAAAUAAAUAUUCCUUAAGUAAUUGCAUGAUUUAUUCAAUGCUUUUUUCGUCAUAAACAUGCUGUGUUCUAAUAAUUGAUGUUGAGACCAAAAAAUAGCCUUACUUACUGCUAUAAUUAUAAAUUUGUAAGAAGAUUUGAAGAUUUGUUUAUUCGAAAAUGAGAAAUCUGUCAUCCAAAUUUUGUGUCCAUCAUAUUUUUUCUUCUUUUUUUUGUGUGGGUGAAAAAUUACAUUGCAUUUUACAAUUGAUAAUGAAAAUAAACUUAAAACAUUUUGCCCAUACAUAUUAUUCUGUCAUGAAAUUAUUUACUGUUUCUGUAUUACACAAUGUAUGGUAACUGGCUGUACCAUUAUUGGUGUUUAUAACUUACCAGAGUCCCCAUGGAUGAUGUUUGUGAAGAUAAACAUUACAGCUGGUAGGUACCUGGCUAUUUGGCAAAGCGUCAGUUGUCCAAAUGUUUUAAUACUGUCGAUAAUACCGAUAUGAAAUAAACAUAUUGAAAACAUGA